GUGGCUCCAGGACCCCUGAGAAAGGGUUUUCUGAUAGAGAGUCUGCCCGGCCUUCCCGACCUGCCCUCCAGCGGCAGGAUGACAUCGUUCAAGGUACUGGGCUCCCUUAGGGCUGUGUCUGUAGGUGGAGUAGGAAGGAAGAGAGACGACGCUGAAUGGGGUCAUCCUUUGGAGAUGAUCUUACUCCUCCCCUGCCAGACUGACCAGAGGUGGCUUCAGGGUGUCCCGGUGCAUCCUGGGGAUUACCCUCAUGAAGGAACUGUGCUGUCUCACUGCGCCUAGAUCAUUAUCUGUACGAAGGCCUUUUGCAGAUACUGGCAGAGAAAUAGAGGAAGGAGAGCAAGCUAGUUGUUGUGAUCAGGCACACAGAGAUAGAAGUCAAAGGCUCGCUGCUGUCCCGGGUUAAUAUUUGUCCGUAUCUAUCCAAAUUUAAAAAUACAUGUUUACUCUGACUCAACAAUUUGAUUUCUAGAAAUGUAGCAUAGAUGUGUACAUGCGUGUGGGCAUAUAUACAUGUCCUUAAGUAAAUAUAUCCAUGCAUACAUAAAUAGACACAUACACAUAUGUAGCAUAAAGCUGGGAAGUUAAAACUUAAAAAAAAGAGAGAUAAGAAUGUUAAAGCUUGAAAACAACCUUUAAUGCCCUUUAGUAGAGGAACAGUUAAAUAGAUUAAAGUCUUCUGUGUCUUGGAGUACUCUGCGGCCGCUGGAAAGAAUUAAGUAGAACUUGAUGUGCUGUUUUUGAGACGCCUCUAAAAUCUAUUGAGAAAAAGAAAAACGCCUGUCUAGGGGCAUCUCCCACGCCAGCUCCAGCAUUGUUUCCCUGGCCCGGUCCCAUGUCUCCUCCAAUGGGGGGGGCGGGGGGAGCAGUGAGCACCCCCUGGAAAUGCCCAUCUGUGCCUUCCAGCUUCCAGAUCUCACUGUGUACAGCGAAGACUUCCGCAGCUUCAUAGAGAGAGACCUCAUUGAACAGUCCAUGUUGGUUGCCCUGGAACAAGCAGGGCGUUUGAACUGGUGGGUGAGUGUGGACCCCACGUGCCAGAGGCUGCUUCCUCUGGCCACUACUGGGGAUGGAAACUGCCUCCUACAUGCAGCCUCUCUGGGCAUGUGGGGUUUCCAUGAUCGGGACCUGAUGUUGCGGAAAGCUUUGUAUGCACUGAUGGAGAAAGGAGCUGAGAAGGAGGCACUGAAACGGCGCUGGAGGUGGCAGCAAACACAGCAGAAUAAGGAGUCGGGGCUGGUUUACACAGAGGAUGAGUGGCAGAAGGAGUGGAAUGAGCUGAUCAAGCUUGCCUCGAGUGAACCCCGCAUGCAUCUAGGUACCAAUGGAGCCAACUGUGGCGGGGUGGAGAGUUCAGAGGAGCCUGUAUAUGAGAGCCUAGAAGAAUUCCACGUCUUUGUCCUUGCCCACGUGCUUAGGAGGCCCAUAGUUGUUGUGGCCGACACCAUGCUGAGGGACUCUGGUGGGGAAGCGUUCGCCCCUAUUCCCUUUGGGGGAAUCUAUCUGCCUUUGGAGGUCCCAGCCAGCCAAUGUCACCGCUCCCCUCUGGUGCUCGCCUAUGAUCAGGCCCACUUUUCUGCACUCGUGUCCAUGGAGCAGAAGGAGAACGCCAAGGAGCAAGCUGUGAUCCCACUUACGGACUCGGAGCAUAAGCUGCUGCCCUUGCACUUUGCUGUAGACCCUGGAAAGGGCUGGGAGUGGGGCAAAGAUGACAAUGACAACGUCCGAUUGGCCAGUGUAAUCCUGUCCCUGGAGGUUAAGUUGCAUCUGCUGCAUGGCUACAUGAAUGUGAAGUGGAUCCCAGUGUCACCUGAUGCACAGGCCCCCCUGGCCCAGCCCGAGUCCCCCACAGCCUCAGCUGGGGACGAGCCCCGCUCCACUCCCGAGUCUGGGGAGUCAGACAAAGAGUCGGUUGGUAGCAGUUCUACGAGCAACGAGGGCAGCAAGCGGAAAGAGAAGUCCAAGCGCGGCCGGGAGAAGGACAAGAAGAGAGCAGAUUCCGUGGCUAACAAGCUGGGCAGCUUUGGCAAAACCCUGGGCAGCAAGCUCAAGAAGAACAUGGGAGGCCUGAUGCAUGGCAAGAGCCCCAAGCCUGGGGGGUCCGGCACAGGGCCGGGGGUCGGCAGCGGCACUGAGACUCUGGAGAAGAAGAAGAAGAACUCCCUGAAGAGCUGGAAGGGCGGCAAGGAGGAGGCGGCCGGGGCCGAGAAGCCUGCGGCCGAGUCUGCUAGUAAUGGUAACGGCGGCGGCAAGUACAGCCAGGACGUGAUGCGAAGCCUGAGCAUCCUGAGGAUUGCCAUGCAAGGAGAGGGCAAGUUUAUCUUUGUGGGCACCCUGAAGAUGGGUCACCGGCACCAGUACCAGGAGGAAAUGAUCCGGCGCUACCUCUCCGAUGCCGAGGACAGGUUCCUGGCAGAGCAAAAGCAGAAGGACGCAGAGAGGAGGCUCCUGAAUGGAGGAGGUGGCGGCGGGCCUCCUCCCGCCAAGAAGCCAGAGCCGGACGGCGGGGCGGAGCUGCUGCCGGUGUCCCCAGAGUCCACGGCCGCAACCUUCUCUGCUGGCUGUCCCGGGGGCUUCACCAUCCCUCGGUCUGCGGGGACAGGGGUCCACUGCCAGGAGCCCUGCAGGCAGCUGGCAGGGGGGCCCUGUGGGGGAGGCCUGCCACCCUAUGCCACCUUCCCCAGACAGUGCCCUCCAGGGCGCCCCUACCCCCAGCAGGACUUCAUCCCUUCCCUGGAGCCAGGCAGUCACUCCAAGGAUGGCAGCCACAGGGGUGCAUUGUUGCCACUCCCCUUCCGUGUGGCCGAUUCCUAUAGCAAUGGCUACAGAGAGUCCCCCGAGCCAGAUGGCUGGGCUGGGGGCCCCCGGGGGCUCCCUCCGGCCCAGACCAAAUGCAGACAGCCGAACUGCAGCUUCUACGGACACCCCGAGACAAAUGACCUGUGUUCCUGCUGUUACAGGGAAGAACUGAGGAGAAGGGAGCGGGAGCGGGAGCCGGGUGGGGAGUUGCUGGUGCACAGGUUCUGAGGGGGCCACCCGGGAGGGCAAGGGGGCUAAACAAAGAGAGUUAAGCUCAACUAAUUGGCUCAUCAAGACCCAGCCCCCACGCAGAUGGGGCAGAUGCAGUAACCUUGGUGAGAGCCCGGCUAGAAACUUUGAGGUGUGUGCGCCCCGGAGAGCUGGAGGCUGGCGAGGGCAGGGCAGGGCCGCUGGUGCCCGAACGGUGCCCACGUGGCUGCACUGGGCCUUUCACUGGGCCUUUGCCCGUCUUGAUGGGACUGAGGAGGUACGGGGGUGGGGUGGGGGAAGGUGGUGAUUCUCAUGACUGCUUGGGUCCCCCCCAGGGCCAAGGGGAAAGAGGGGAAGGUUUAGUGUGUGGGAGUCGGGGGGUGGGCAGAAGUCAGGGGGAGGAGCAGACAGAGGAGCAGACUGUGGGUCAGUAAAAGACAAAACAGACCAAAGUUGUUGUAGGCUGGACAAAAGCACAUGAUGGUAGAGUUGGGGAUGUGGAGGGAACUGGGAAAUUAGAUAAAUUUGUUAUUGAUUUGACUUAAGGUAGAAAUUAGGGUUGGAUAAAUUCUUCGUCCUGAAGGAUCUGGAAAGACAAGAUAGUAAGGUGUGCUCAUGGGGGCUUAGUUUAAAUUGGUUUAUUGAGAUGGGAAAGGGAAGCACUUAAACGGGGAAUCCUUUUCCUCUCGAGUUUUAUUUCCUUCUAAACAAGUCCUCUGCCAUCUGAUCUAGUUCAGGAGGAGGCUGCUGAUUGCCCUGUAUCUUUUCCUCAUCCUCAUGAGGGCUGAGCUCAGCCAAGUUAAGAUUGUGUGUGUUUUUUUUAAAGGACUUUAAGUUUAUUAAAAAAAAAAAGAAAAAAGAAAAAAGUUCCCUCUGGGGUUGGGGAGAGCACUGAGAAGAGCAGCUGUGUGGGCUGAAUCUUCUCCAGGUGAGCAGGUGCACAGGCAGCCCUUUUGUAACUACUUAGCAAUAACCACACAGUGGGGUGAGUGCACCCUGCAAGGGGCAGGAGCAGGACAGACCUUUGGCCAGACUGUUUUAAACAAAACCAAAAACCUAAAUAGAGCACUACCAUCCUCUGCUGCUGCAUUUCCAUUAUAAAGAAACUUAUUUUGACUUUUUAUUUUAAGGAAAAGAAACAAAGACCCCAGUGAGCAAAACGUUUUGAAAAAUGAUUUUUUUUUUCUUCCUAUUUAAGUGACUUCUUUCUCCUUCCUCUCUACUUUUGGAGAAUGAACUUAACAUCACGGCUUCUUUUGUUAAGCCAUAGCUGACCUUUAAUCUGUGGUUAGUUUAUUAAAAUAAUUAAAAAAACACUUUGUAAGAAGACAUAUUUUUGAUAAUAGGAUUGAUGUUAAAAAACACAGGGGUAGGGGUUAGGGACAAUUUAUAAAAAAGGUAGAGAAAUAUAUUUUAGUGGACUAUAACCACAGAUCACAGAUCACUCCCAAUGAGCUGAUCUGUUCUUGGGUUUUCCCCCUUUCCCCGACAGCCCUGCUCCCCAGGGGUGGCGUGGGCCUAUGGACACGGAAGUGGGGGCUCCUUUGCAUUUUGCACAAAGCACAAGUCUGGACAGCCUUCACUCUGGCCAGCACCAUUUCUAAGAGCUUUAAACUGGAGGACCUAUCCUGGGCCAAUUUUCCUUUUUCCUUCUUUUGUUUUUCCUGGAGAAAAAAAUCAACUAUGCAAUUGUAUACACUCCUGGGUGCAUAUGAAGAAGGGGAGUAAGUGUACUUAAGUGUCCAGAGUGUUAAUUGGGGCUAUUUUUCUGUACAUGGAUUUCUCUUUUGAGAGAUGUACUCCUAGCCCAUCUCAUGGAAUGUAAUCUCUGCAUCUGCUCCAAACUGGAUGCUCCAAACCGAACAAAGGCCGGAUGUGUGUGUCGGGGACCUAUAAUUGCCAUAUGUUGCUUCUGCCCAGUCAGGACAGUUGUCAUCCUGCCGUCCCCCUUGGUAACAGAGCCCGUCAGGACCAUCCUCUUCAUUGGAACCGCUCACAAUUUAGAAAGGUUACUCUCUCCUCAGCAAACUUGAAAAAGUCACUUAUUUUUCAAAUCUGAUGAGUCUGUUGAUUUAAUAAUUUCCUAUGGCUAUUCUUAGGCUUUUAUUUGAAAAUAGGAUGGUUUUAAGGAAGCAAUGAACGAGGUCAGAGGAGCUAGGUUCCAGAGGAGGGGGCGUGUAUAUUUCUGGGCAGGGCUGGGACUAGCAGGAGAUGAGCGCUCCCCUUGGGUACAAAAUGUAAGGGGUACCGAACAACUCAGUAAUUCAGAUAAAUAGUGUUUUAAUACAGUAUUUCAAAAAUAAUGCAAAAAAAUCCAUGAUGAAUAAAAUAUCGAAAUCUUAAAGACAGAAUCCAAUAGGACUGAGAUUAGGGUGAGGGAAAUAAGCUGAACUGAGCAGGUUGAAUCUCGUCUUUAAAACUUUGAUACGUAGUUCACUGCGGACUUUUUACAUUUGUUUUGAUUGUCACAAAACAGUGCAUUAAAACAGUUACUGAGUUAGGUGGCACCCCUUACAUUAAGUGCUCAGAGUGAGUGCCUUGGUCACCUCACCCCAUCUCUGGGGUUAGAACAGCACUGGUGAGACUGCCACCUCCUGAACCGCUUGUCCCUUGUCCCCUUAGUGCACCUGAACAACAGGUGGCCCCAGCCCCCCACCUAGCACUCUCACCCUUCUUGCCCCUAGGUGCCCGUCUGCAGUGCAGGGCUCUGGCCUGGACCCAUAGGAAUGGAAACAGACCAGGGGUUUUCCCUGAGUAUAAAACCAGGAAAGUUUUGAUUCUUCACUGGACUGCUGUGUUUGGAUUUGAUUUGUUACUAGAUUCUAGUUGAUACUUUUGUUUUUAAAAACUGAGGACAAAUGAACAAAAACAGAAACCUCGUGUCUUGUUUGUUUUUGUUUUGAUUUAUAAACUAACCAAUCCCAAUUCCUUUUGACCUCUUUUCAAAUAAAAAAGGUGGAAAUUCUGGGGGUGUCCUAGGGGUAUGAUAAAACAACUUUAUUUAGGCCUUAUGGCUUUUUAUUCAGAAAUAAAUUAUUUUUGUUUAUUUGGGAAGGUAACUAUUUAUUGAGGCAUUAAAAAAUUCUCCAUUCUAAGGAUGAGGGACCCUGAGUCCACGGAUGUUUUUCCAUAGGGAUGCGUGGACUGUUUUGCUUUAUUCUUGGAGGGGGCUGUGUGGGAUGGAGGGUGAAGGAGUAACGCCUGGGAAAUGAAAACAGGCUGUGGUUGGUUUGCGGUAUUUUGGGAAGAUGAGGGGGUGGGAGAGGCAAGCCCGUGCAGUUACUGUGCUGGGGAGGAGAGGGGUACAUGACGUCCAAAAUGAGCAAGAAUUGGUGGUUAAGGAAGGGUAUGCGGGUGAAGGGGGAGACAGAUCCUGGAACCCUAGCUGAGGGAUGGGAUCUCUCAGGCUUAAAUAAGUGCACUUAGUUCCUGUAAGCCAGGGCAUUGGGGUAUCUUGAGGUUUUUGCUGGAGAGGGGAAAUACUUGGGGUUCUUAUUUUUCCCCUUUGAAGAGAGUGCUACCCUCCACCCAGCGUUCUCCACCCCAGCCCUGAUGGAGCAAGUAUACUAGAGGGUAGGCUUCCAGAUUCCUACCUUAAUCUGUGCUCCUUUUGUUGAGAGUUAUAAGGUUUAAUCAAAAGUUUUUCCCUCAUACAGGGUUCUACCAACAAAAUAAAAAGAUUAUAUAAAAACA